AUUGUAUCGUCCAUCGCAAUCCCAUCGGGUCCAUCCUGGCGCAGGGACCUCCACAAAGUGAAUGGAAUCGUAUUCGUAUUCGUAUUCGUAUUCGUAGUAGGCGUGCCCUCCUCGACAGAGUACUCAGAUUUGUGCCCACAAAUUGUCAGGAAUCGUGCCAGUCAGUCCAGUCGGAGUUUAAUUCAGAAUCGAAAAGGUUUUCGUCGGCUUGAGAGCUUUGUGAAUUGUGAAAUUUUUUCGAUUUUUGUUAUUUGUUCGAAAUGGACCUGGACCUCCUUUCCAGUAAGGAGUCGUUGGACAAGUGCGUGGAGUUUGACCUGCCCCCGGUCGCGGUGGGCGACAGCACCCGCGGAUGCAUCAUCCGUAACCUGCGCGUUGCCAUUUCGGGCACGUUCCAGAGCAAACCGAAGGCUGCUGCUUCGGCCAAGAAGAACGCGACUCCUGGGCGUGGCACCACACGCGGCGGCAAGGCGACUCCUGGGCGUGGCACCACACGCGGCGGCAAGGCGACGCCCGCAGCGGAGACCGGGGGACGUCCGAGUCGCAACAGCAGCAAGCAGAGCGCUCCUCCUGGUCGUCGCGCGAUUUCCCAAGGCCUGGACAACCCACCCGUCCGGGGGCGCUCUGUGGGAGGGUACGAGGAGGAAUCUCCUCAAAGAAUUCCACACCAGACUACAGAUACAGAUACAGAUACAGAUACAGAUACAGAUACAGAUACAGAUACAGGAUACUGGUGGAGCUCCUCUUGGAUCGUCCUGUGGGGCAGGUCGCCUAGGUCGGUGGAGUAUUUUUGUGUGACUUUUGUCGGAAUUAAUCCGAUUAAGGCAUUUCUGAGGAUGUUGUGUGGCAAGUGCUGCAUGCCUGAUAAAUCGUGGGCUUUUGGGCCAUUGGUUGAGCAAUAACUCGCAUUUUCCCGG